AUCCGUCCGGAGCCCGGCCUGCUCGUACAACCACCAAACCUCUAACUUGAUGCGAUGUGGCCUUUAUCGUUCAGCCUGGACGUGCGCAAAAGUCAAGAUCCAAUAGACAUAGUUGAUAUAUAACACAUCUUUUUGGUAGAAUUGUGCACCAGAAGUGAUGUGUGAACGGAGCAAAUCGUUUUGAUCGAAUGGUUCGAGGAUGAAGCGUGUGAGCGCGCGUCUCUCUCCACGGGCCACGGGACCCCGUCGCGCGCGCGCGCACUGUACGUGAAAUGUAUGGAGGCACUGCGGCACCACUGCGUGAACCCGCACGGCUACAUGGCUGCCUGGCCCUGCGUUCAGAGGGAGAGCGGAAGAUAGGAGGAGGGGAAUGACUCCGCCGAGAGAGUAGGAGGAGGAGGAGGAGGGAGCGAGGACGAUUUCCUUUUUCUGCAACACGCUGCAAGAACACACCGGGAAACGGAGCGAGGAGGAAACACCGCAGCCCAUCUGUGCGUCCGUCCGUCGCCUGCUGGUUUUUCAUAUUUUAUUUUGGGGGGGGGGGGGAGAGACCCAAACUAAAUCUUCUUCGUCUUUCCUUCUUUUUUUUGUGUGUGUACCGGACACUUGCGGACUAACAUGGGGGGAAGAGAGAGCUCCUGACGAGGAUUGACUUUCAGCGAACCUCUGCUAUGUGUGAGUGAGUGUGUGUGUGUGUGUGUGUGUGAGAGUGUGUGAGAGGAGAAGGCGACAGGGAAGACAUGUUGAGGGCUUUCUCUCGUCUUGAGCUUUGACACUAUAGGAUGUCGAUGUGCUCUCGUUAGAGAAGAAACAAAACAACAACAACAACAACAACAACAAGAAGAGGCCAAAUGGAGACCGGGCGGUAGGACGUGCUCAGGAGCCGCUGUUUCGAUCGGUGUUUGAUUUAAUUGGUUUGUUAUGAUCUGAAAGGACGAAGGCCUCUCGGCCAGCCCCGCAGUAAACACGUCCACGGUCAGCGAGCAGGGGCUUCACCGCGACAGAGCUUCUCCUCUGUUUCUUCUUAUUCCAGGGGACACUGUUUUGUGUGAUUGCGCCGCUGUGUUGUGCGCUAAGUUGAGUCUAGUGUUUGCGGCAUAUUUCAUUUCACGCGCUGUUUAGAUUAAAGAAAGAGCCGAAGCAGAGAUCCAUAACAUUUCCAGAUACAUCAACUCUUAUAAGGGGGGGGGCAUACAAAGGCCCGGUAGAUAACACAGUGAGGGCUACCUGGACAAUUUAAACUCCAGAGUAAAAGAAAAAAGCCACCGGAGGCGGGACUCAGAGCACAGAGGUGCGGGCAGGUUGGAUCUUUUAGACCCUAGUUUAGCUCCAGAGAGCGGGCGAGAGAAGAUUUCGAAAUGUUGAUGUCGACCGACGUCGCGUCGAUCAUGCUGCCCGUGUCCCGGGCGCUCAUGGACCGGGACCGGGAGCUGGACGCCAUGGCCGGGCUGCACCCCAACCCGGGCGGCGCUCCCGCAGCCAUCCGGGGCAUGAAGCGCGGAGACCCGGAGCCCGACGCGCAGACGGCGGCCGCUCUGGUGGACUCGGCCGGGGCGGAGUGCAAGCGGCCCCGCAUGGACGGACCAGGGGGAAUCGGCGAGGUUGGCCAGAAUAACGACCCUUUGACCCUUGGUUACCAUGGCUACCCGUCUCAUAGUCAGGGCUCCCAGGAUAGUGCUGGCGGUCAGGAGGGACUCGUACCCCCUUUCUCCGCAUUCCCCCCACCUCCACCGCCGCCCCCCCAGAACGGCCUGACCCUGGAUUACGGGGGCAGCCUGUACGCAGCGGGGGCCGUCCAGGGUCCCGUGGAAGCUGGCGGAGUGGCGAACAGCGCUGCCAACGCCGCCAACAGCCUCAGUGCCCAACAGUCAGAUGGGUCCUCCCAGAUUGACGGACAGUCGGGGGUUGGCUCGGGAGGAGGAGGAGGUGGCGGGAGUGUUGGGGAUGAUUCAGAUGCCAAGGGGACCCCCAAACGCCUCCAUGUGUCCAACAUCCCCUUCCGCUUCCGAGACCCCGACCUGCGGCAGAUGUUUGGGCAAUUUGGCAAAAUCCUCGACGUCGAGAUCAUUUUCAACGAGAGGGGAUCCAAGGGCUUCGGUUUUGUCACCUUCGAGACGAGUGCAGAUGCAGAGAGAGCCAGAGAGAAGCUCCAUGGCACGCUGGUGGAAGGACGUAAAAUCGAGGUCAAUAAUGCCACAGCCAGAGUGAUGACGAACAAGAAGAUGACCACACCGUACUCUAACGGAGAGGGCCUCGCUGCUCUUCCAUAUGCUGGAUGGAAGUUGAGUCCCAUGGUUGGAGCGAUGUACAGCCCUGAGCUCUACACAGUACCAGGGUUUCCGUACCAAGCCGCGGCAGCUGCUGCCACCACUGCUGCGACCUUUCGAGGCGCUCAUCUCCGGGGUCGGGCCCGGCCCGUCUACAGUGCAGUCAGGGCAGCGGUGCCACAACCUGCAAUCCCUACAUACCCUGGUGUGAUGGCCUAUCAGGAUGGUUUUUACGGUGCAGCUGAUCUCUAUGGCGGCUAUGCAGCCUAUCGCUACGCCCAGCCAACUGCGGUAGCGACGCCUGCAGCGGCGGCGGCCGCGGCAGCAGCUUACAGUGACAGCUAUGGACGAGUUUACACAACAGACCCCUACCAUGCUGCUCUCGCUCCUGCUGCCUAUGGUGUUGGAGCCAUGGCCACGCUGUACAGGGGAGGCUACAGUAGAUUUGCCCCUUACUGAAGACACUACAUUUCCAGGGAGCUCCUCUCUUCCAUUGAAUUACUCAAAAAGAGCUCCCUCUGUUGUCGUGGAGGUGGACUGCACCCAGUUUUAAAGUGUGGAUUCAACCACAGCAAAGAAAUUUCCGAUCCCACCCCAGAGCAGUCCCACAUUUUCUUAUAUAUGCUACUACAGAAAUAGAGGAAUGCUGUAUCAAAGACUGAUGGAUGGCCUUUACAUUAAAAAAAAAGCAGAAAAAAAAAGACUUAAAAUGGCCACCUUCCCUAUUGCACGGCUGUAUUAUAGUCCCCUUCUUAUUCCCUCUGCACUCAGCAGCACAAGACUCGGGAUGGAACCCAGAUGUUCUUCCAAAGGCUGUAUGUGGAUUACUGACAUGUGGCCUGCACACACUCAACAUUUAAGGAUAAAGAGAGGGAAGCAAGAAAUCGAGGUGUGCACAAAAUGUUGGAGCAGUAGGAGGCAGGGAGCUGCAUCGAAAGAGCAUCUAAACACAUCUUAAACCCGAACGAUGAGUCACUAAAACGAUAAAACACCCACCGACGAGUUUUGGAAUACCUCCUCAACGUGGGCGGAUAGUAAUGAUAGAGGAGUUCCAUUCUCGUUGUGUUCUGGUAGGGGGAGACGGAACAUGGCGGCUUGCAGGGAUGAUGUGACGAUUUAUAACGAUACAGAGAUCACGUCCGAAAGCGGAAGGAGGGAAGGUUAUUAAAGCUGUUCCCUACCUCAAGCUUUCUUAGUCUGUGGACAUGGUGAACCUUUAAACUUAAAAAUAAUUAUGAUAUGCAAUUAGUUUAGAGAAAAAAGUUACCAAAUUAUUAUUAUUAUUAUUGUAAUUAUUAUUAUUACUAUUAUUAAACCCUUAUUUUUGUUUAACUCCGGAUGUGUAGAUUAAACAGUAAAAUUCAGAAAAUUAGCCUCUAUUAAACUUAUAUCCCACCAUUUGAUGACACAACUUAAGUCUCACUUCAUCCUACUCAUGCACAGGAUUUCACUACACGCUGUGUGCAGCCACCACUUAACACUACAGAAAGUGUAACACUACACCGAGAAACAUGUUCUCGUUUAGUUUGUUUUAGAUUUAGACCCAAAUCUCCAUCCUCCAUCCUCAACCCUGGGCUUUGAGCAUUUGUUGAUCCUUUAAUGUAGAGAUUUAUUAUUUGGAUUUUCCCCUUCACGCUCCAUCUUUUAUAGAGCAAAGUCCUACAUUUGAAUGAGUCUUCCUGAAACCUACUUUAGUUGGUAAUUGUGUUUGCGACGCUGCCAGCAGCAAUUACUGAUCAAGAGAGCGAUUCUGUCAGUGAGUAAAUAGAAAAUAUUUAAAUGCAAAACACCUUACUAUUGUGCAUAUUUCUAUACUGUUGUAUUUUCAAAAUGUGGCUUUUUUGGCUUUUGUUUUUGUUCCAAAGAUUUGUAGAAAGCACAUUUUUCUGCCGUAUGUAUAAAUAUAUAAUCUUUAUUAUUGUCAUCAGAAUUCUUGAUAAAUCUAUUGCUGUCCUUAUUUACUUUAUUUCAUCUUAAGUUUUUUAUAUCUCUUAGUGUUUUUACUUCCUCAGUAAGGUGCAAGGCCUUGAGCUGAGAGCGUACCUUAGUAGUGACAAGCUAGAGGUAUGCAUGUAACAUUACCAUACUUUCCCCCCCUCUCGGUUAAAUAUUCAGUCAAUCCAGGUUGAUGUUUUAUUUGUUUUUCAUUUGUUUUUGGUUGAUUAUAGGAUAUAUUCGCAUGACAUUUAAUUAUACUAAAAAUAUGCAGAAAAGGCUGGAUUUUUUUUGCUUUCCAUGUCCACAUUUUGCAGGUGAUUGAGAGAUUUGGAAGAAAUAGGCCGGUAGCACUUUGGUUAAAACCAACUGUUUUCUUUUCUUUUUCGGCUUUUUAUAAAAAAAAAAAAUUGCAACACAGGCUCCUUACAUUUCAGUGGCAAAAUCUGUCAGCUUGGCCUUUGUGGUCGCUCCAGGUUUAUUUUAAGAUAUCCAGUGAAAUUUUAAAAGUGUUAGCUUCGUAAAUAUGCAGGUCAAAGGACCAGUGUGUGGCAUCUAGUGGUGAAGUUGCACAUUGCAACCACCCUCCCUUCCCAAGCAUAUAGGAGGACGUAUGAAGGCAAAAGGCCCUCUCUCGAGGUUUGUCGUCUCUGGGCCACCGCAGAAAUCUGGUGUCACAACAUGGUGGCCGUCGUGGAAGAGGCUCUGCUCCUUAUGUUGAUACGAAGGGCUCUUUCCAAGCUAACGAAAACACAAUGCUUCGUAGUUUCAACUGAUCAUGUACUGAUGAAAUCAAAAUUAUAAACAUAAUGUUGUUUUCAAUUUCUUCCAAUAUUUCCAGAUCCCACACACUGGUUCUUUAAUGUUACAAAAUGGUGGAAAAAGAGAAAUGUUUUUUCAACUCAAUAAGAUGUUUUUUUUUCCUAUCAAACGUGCUGCUGUUUGAUUUUCUCAUGACAUUCAACAUUUCUUUUUAAACUAUCUUUUUAAAUUUUAAUAUAGAAUGUGCUCUGGACAGAGUAAAGGAAAGAAAAAAAAAAAAGGAAGACAAUUUAGCCAAAGAUGCUAACUAACAGUCCCUAGCACGCUCUGGUUUCCAACUUGAGAAGUGUAACACAAAGUACAAAGAGAUGGACUUCUGGAACCCCUGAAGGCAUGGACAAACCAGCAUGAGUGAGUCUUGUCAAGUUAGGAAAAAAAAAAAAGUUUUGCAUGAAUCUUGUCUUUCAUAUUUGACUCCUGAGCAGCCGAGCCCAGUUGUGUUCUUUGCCCAUAUACUCUGUGGAGAACGACAUGCAGCUAGUGGUUUUUAGCUAGUUAACACAACAAAGAGUCCAGUGCUCUUUGGCAAAAAAAAAAGUCCUGCUGACAAACAAAAUGGCUGCCGCACAAAGAUCCUUUUCCUGUUGUGGUUUUAUUGCCACUGUAUUAUAGUAAACUAUGUGGCCAUUCCUCAUAGUCGUUAUGGUUUCAAUGACCAGUCCUACUCCUCUGUCAUGUCUAAAUACCCUCCUUGACUGCCAUUAUGGUUUGUUUUUUGUUAUUGAAUGUCCAUAUAAAAUGUUUUAUAUAAAAAUGUUUUGUUGUGA